AAGAGUAUUUGGUCCAGAUCGCCAAAACAGGGUUCACCCUCUACCCCUGGAACAAAAUUAAACCUCUGUUUAAAAUCAAAUUAGAAAAUGUUAUUGUCGAGUUCGCCACGGCCACCCCGCCGGCCACCAUUCCCGUCAUGCCGAACGUCGAGGUUUUCAAAUUCGAUGAGAUGAAGAUUCGAAUAUUCGAGCAGCUCGAGUCCUAUGAUGGAAUACCCUUCACGAUCCAGAGAUUGUGCGAGCUUAUAACAGAACCUAUGAAGAAUUACAAACGGCUGGAUAAGUUUAUGCGCGGGUUGGAGCGUGUCAUGCUAGUUGUUAGUACAACAGAAUCUAAACCAGUUGAACCAGAUGCAGCCCCUCUACCCGGAGCUCAUAAUGGAGCUGAGUCCAGUAUUAUUCGUAGCCAAAGUCCGGGAGCUAAUCCAGGAUAUCGGAGGUUGGGGGAGAACCUGGAGUCCCCUGCUAAGAGGAUGAGGUUGAAUAUAGAGGAGGACGGAGGUCCAUGUGAUUCUGCGCAUCCUCAACCCCACCUCUCUCCGGAGAAAUUGUCGACAGAAAACGAAUGUGCGGCCUCCAAACAGGCAACGUUCUUCGAUACGGAAGCUGCCUCCGAACCUGUAGCCGCCUCCAGUCCUACCGUAGCGGAAUCCUCGUCUGUGGCGGUUGCUCCUGAAGCUUCUGUAUCAGCAGAUUCAACACCCCAGGCGUCCAAUGAAGAAGAUGAUAAUAUGGAGAUAGAUACAGAAUGUACCAGUAGUCAAACUCUAUUAGAGAGCAGUCCAGAAAACGGUGAAGGUGAAGAGAUUAGUACAAGUGCUGAGUCCGCCACAGUUCAAACUGUACCAGAGUUUGAGACCAAUUCUGAAGCUGAGCCUAGUAUGGCCGAACCAGGAGCUGACUUAGAAACUGCUCCAUCUAGCGGGGAAACAGCUCCUGGCAGUGCAGAAACUGCUCCUAGCAGCGCAGAAAGUGCUCACGCUAGUGAAUCAGCUGCUAAUGAAGAACAGCAGAGUGUAGAGAGUAGUCUAAUUUCUCAUCAGACAAGGGCCGUUGGUGGAGAUGAUGCUGUUGGGAUGGCAGAUAGUUCUGACGAGGCGGAGAAAUCUCAGCCCGCCCAGGCGGACAAGGAGGGUGGACCUGAUCAGUCCGAAUCUGCCGGACAAGUUGGAGAAGCUGCAGUCGCAACAGGGGCCGAGGCAGCUGCAAUGUCCGGAGCCGAAGCUGCUUCUGUAACAGGAGCAGAAGCUUCAUCCGAAGCAGGUGCUGCAGCUUCUGUAGCAGAAGCUGAUGCUACUGUAGCUGGUGCCGAAGCAGUUGCCCUAACAGAUGGAGAAGCAGUAGCUGCUGUUGAUGAUGAAGCUACAGAUGAAGCUACUGCUGGAUCUGAAAAUUCUCCAGAUCAAUCAGUUUAAAAGCAAAUAUGUAAAAUACAACAAAUUCUACUGAUUUCUGUUUAAAAUAUUAUUUCAUCAUUGA